AUGGAAUCAGUUGUACCACUGAAGAAGCAGCUCCUGAAUGUCAAACUAAGGGAGCUGGCAAGCUGGAUACUAAUGCGGGAUUUCAUCCUUAAAGGAACUGCUGGAGCGUUUCAAAGAGGUUAUUACUGGUAUUACAAGUAUUUCAACAUGAAGAAAGGGAGCAUUGUAGGGCUUUCUAUGUUGCUGGCAGCUUAUGUGCUUUUCAGCUACUGCAGUUCUUACAAGGAACUUAAACAUGAGCAGCCAAGUGAGUACCUCUGA